AUGAGUAGUUGGUUGAGGGGACUGGGAGGGGAAGAUGACGGGGGUGAGGGAUGUAAGAAAAAAACAAAAGAGUGUCCAGACUUUAAAAAAUGUGGAUGUGAAUGCUGUAAACAGAAAUGUGAUGAGCAGGCUGACAAGUGCAAGCCCCAAGCUCCCCCUUCUCGCCCAGGUCCACAAGACUCUGAAGCCAGUCCAGAUGAGUCCUUCCGUGUCGAAGCUCAAAUACAAGAGGACGAUUCUCCACCUUUCCGCCCUGACCCCGAAGCCAUCGCCGCCGUCAUCGUUGCCAUCAUCGUCGCCAUCAUCCUGCUCGACCUGUGCAUCUUCCGCUUCCCGGUGGGCCGCAACAUCCGCGAUUUCCUCGUCCGCAAGAUACCCUUCUGCAUCGCGUUCUACAGCUGA